ACUAACAAAUAACAACUAAAAAUAAACAAAUUGUAAAAUGUACUUUUUGAAUUAAAUAAAAGAGUAGUAAGUAGGAAAAGUCAAACCAUGUAUUUCAAUGAAAGUAAAAUUAUAAAUAAGUUAGCCAUCAAGCGUUACUUUUGGGCCUGGUUGAAUAUAUCGUUCAAUAAGUUAGAUGAAGAUAGAUUAAAAGAAUUUGGUCCAGACCGAACAUGUGCAGAGUGGAUACUACGGAAUGGGGGUGCUGUACGUCUUUGUGACAAUCCUGAAAUCCUUAACGAUUAUAAUAAGAUUCCACCGGAAGGGAAUAAUAUUUGCAUUCAAGAAGUAGACGCAAGUAAUUCAUCAAUAAUGCAUGUCGGUUUUGUACAUUUUAAAAAUUGCCGCAACAUUGAAAAGUUAAUUUUACAUCGAUGUGGCUAUUUAGAGAACAUUGCGCUAGGGAUGUUACAUCCAAUAAAAGAAUCAUUAAUGUACUUACAAGUGUCUUCAUGUUACAAUAUAAGCGAUUCCGGAUUAAUAAAGCUCGAAAUAUUAACAAGACUUGAACAACUUAUUUUACGAGAUUUGCCGUUUGUUAAAAAAAGAGAAGUUGUUUUAGAACACUUAAAAAAAGCUCUGCCUAAAUGUAAAAUAGAAUUUGAUAAAUAAUUCAAGUGUUGUAGAAUUUAAUUAAUCUAGUUAUACAGUAUUAAAGUAAUUUUUGCGAAUGCAUUUAAAUUAAAUUAAUAUGUAACGAAUACAUAGCCAUAAACAAGAUAAUAUUAAAAAAAAAAUGAUUGAA